AUGAUGCGUGCACGCAGUGCUUUACGCGCGCGUCUCUUUCUCUCGGACAGCUCUCUUGCGGCCGUCCGCUCUGUCUGGCUGCUUGCUGUCCUUUGGUACGAGGUUGGCACGUUUUAUUGGACGAUAACGAGGUGCCGUUGGCCUGAUGUGGACCUUGUGUUCGGAGAGAAACUGGAUGACGGACCUACACCGCCAACACACGCGUUGCUCGUCACAGACCCUCAGCUUCGUGUACCAUAUGAGCACCCUAUAUGGAGACGAUGGUUCCAUAUCACCGACGCCUCGCUACGGAAGCGAUGGUCAUUUGCACGUCGAACACGACCAGACGUCAUCGUGUUCUUAGGUGACAUGCUAGAAAGUGGAAGAUAUGCGAUUGAUGACAAUGAAUAUUGGGAGUCUUUCCGAUACUUCAAAUCGGUGUUCUCGUCGGAUCCGAGUACAAAAGUAUUUUUUGUACCGGGUAACCACGAUGUAGGACUCGGCCCCACCGCAAGGCUGAACGCGGCACAUGCUCGUAGACGUUUUGCAAAAUUCUUCGGUCCUCUGAAUCAAAAAGUUAGCAUUGGCAACCACACUCUCGUGAUGCUGGAUGCCCCAGGUCUCGUUGACGAGGACUAUCGCCGCGCUGCAACUGGGAAGACAUUUGAAGAAUGGGAUGCGAUACCUAAUGGAGCCGUGGAGUUCAUUAACAAGUUUGCUGGGUUGGGCACUGACGAACCUGUUGUACUAUUCAGUCAUAUCCCCUUAUUCCGACCAGACAGGGCACCAUGUGGACCAUUACGAGAAAAGGGCGGUAUACGUCGAGGUGUCGGUCCAGGCUUUCAGAACAUCCUGAUGCGUGACACAACAAACUAUAUUCUUAGAUAUGUCAGGCCGGCUGUAGUGUUUAGCGGUAAUGACCACGACUAUUGUGAAUAUACUCACAGUAUUCCUUUACUCUCAGAGGGUCCCGAGCCAAAGGUGGAAUACGUACGCGAGGUGACGGUCAAGGCUAUCUCAUCCCCUGGACACAUCCGUAGACCGGGUUUCCAACUUUUGUCUCUUGGAUCUUCCUCCUCUCAACAAGCGGACAGUAGAUCGCUUGCCGACGUCCCGUGCUUCUUCCCCGAUGAGCAAGCCAUCUUCUACGGCCGAUAUCUCCCGCUGUUCGUCAUAUCGUUGCUCGUACUCACAGUGUCUGCAUUUAGGCGACAUCGUGGCAAGCAGGAGCACUUGGACGUCGUGGCAGCAUAUGAGAAGGGUUACGAUCUAAAGGUUAAUUCAGGUUUUGCCACGCCGCCUCCCUCAGGAGGUGCCAAUACUCCGAUUCUACGCUCGCCGUCUUUUGAACACCAACGGUUUGAAGCGGACACUGUGACAACCUCCCUUUUAAGCACAGCUCGCUCGAUGGGAGCAAACAGUCUGGCUCCGACACUACGAGCAGCUGCAAAUGUUCCGUUUACACCUGGUACACCGAACUUUACGGUUGACGGAGUACCUACCGCAUUACGCUCACCCGGCUUAUUGUCCACCUCGCCAAGUGGUGUUGCACAAUCUUUCCCCCGUACUCACAUUUCAAGAAGCUCCGAUGUAGAUGAAGAAGAUGAAGAAGAUUACUUCCAAACUCCUGCGCAUCAAGCACGAUAUCGUCUCCCAUCCGAAAGUAAGGACGACUACUUCAACCUUACUCUCGGCAGGGCACGACAGCGUCGGCGUUUUGUAUGGACAUGGACCUUCGAGCUUGGCGGACGGAGACGACGUUUAAGAAUUGGUUUGCCGUUCUUACUUGAGCAUUUGUGUCAGUCAUUUGUUAGGGCCUUCCAAAGUCAGAUGUUGGGGAGACGAGGGACUAGGGAUCCUCGAGAGACAGUACUGAAAGGGUUUUUGGACGAUUUAUUUAUGGCUGCACGGCCUGCGGCUCUCUUGUAUAUUUUUAUCUGGAUUGUCUUUCUUAUAUAA